CAUUAACACAGAUAGAGAGAGAGACUGCUACUACUACUACUACUGCAGCAGCUACUGAGGACUUUUAUCCCUGCUUAUCUUGGGCACAAAAAGAGGUCCUCACUGCUUGACCACUGGGACUUUUAUUUUUUCUCACUUCUAUCAGUUCUGAGUGUGGCUUCUGACCAUGUGCCUGAACGCUCUAGGGAUCCUGCUGUCCUUCCUGGCUCUGUAUGGUUACAUAUGGGAUGGAGCAUCUGCUUAUGUUAUGAUGACCAAGUCCAACUCAAAUUCCAUUAAGAACGUGCCGGCUGUACCAGCAGGUCCACCAAUGAGUUACUACCCAGUCAGUGUCAGUCCGGACUCCUUCUAUGACAUGGCUAACAAGUACCAACCUCUUGAAACUCUACCGCUCUAUACCUGCACGGAGGAUGAUGACUGCGCUAUGGAUGAAUUCUGUCACAACUCCAGGAAUGGGAAUCCCAUGGUGUGCCUGGCCUGCAGAAAGCGCAGGAAGCGCUGUAUGAGAGACUCCAUGUGCUGCAUGGGCAAUUACUGCAGUAAUGGGAUCUGUUUACCCAUGGAGCAUGAUCAUGAAAAGAUUCAAAAUCCAGGAUUAUUGGAAGAAGCCAUGCUUGACAAUUAUAACCCUGAACAUGCUACAGUGGACACUCACACUAAAUUAACUACAUCCCCCGCUGGAAUGCAGCCGUUUAAAGGAAACGAUGGUGAUGUGUGUCUCAGAUCUAGUGACUGUGCACCAGGACUGUGCUGUGCACGCCAUUUUUGGUCCAAGAUCUGCAAACCUGUCCUUGAGGAAGGCCAAGUCUGUACGAAACAUAGACGAAAAGGAUCUCACGGGCUGGAAAUUUUCCAGCGUUGUCACUGUGGAUCUGGUCUGUCAUGCAAACUCCAAAAAGGAGAAUUCACAACUGUCCCCAAAACUUCAAGACUUCACACGUGUCAGAGACACUGAAGAAAAGAAAUGAUGGACUUGUUUAUUGUUUGUUUUGUUUUCUAAAUUAAGUUAAGCUAAAACUUUGAUUGACAGAUUACUUUAUUUUUGGAUGUAUCUAUAUAUAUAUAUUAUCACAGUUUACAUAGAGUACUUUGGCCACCCCCUGAGCCAGGGUUAACAUUAACUUGUUUCUUUUUAUGGAACUGCAUUUUAUUCACAUUGUCUGCAGUAAAUUACUGUGUUGUAAAUAGAUAAUGCAACUCUUGUUGUAAAUAUUUAUGAAGAUCUACACAUUUUCUCUCCUAUAGACUUUCACCUUGUAUGUGUGGGAGCACUUACCCUUUUUUUAAUGGUACAACGAUAGAACUUGUGUAUUAGUCCUUAUUUUUUAUUGAAAU